CGGGCAAGACUCUGAUCACGUCCGUUCUCCCGGCUCCUCCAGCUCCCGCUCCGCACUUCUCGGGGUUGCCGCGCGUCAUGCGCCCCCAGGCCUCGGCCAGCGCCUCGGCGCAGCGGCUCCUGGGCCCCCUGCUGCUCCUGCUGCUGCAGCAGCUGUGGGUGCCGUCGAGCGCCUCGGAGACCUCCAAGGUGAAGCAAAAGGCGCUGCUCCGGCAGAGGGAGGUGGUGGAUCUGUAUAAUGGAAUGUGCUUACAAGGGCCUGCUGGGGUGCCUGGUCGAGAUGGGAGCCCUGGGGCCAAUGGCAUUCCUGGUACCCCUGGGAUCCCAGGUCGGGAUGGAUUCAAAGGAGAAAAGGGGGAAUGCCUGAGGGAAACCUUUGAGGAGUCCUGGACACCUAACUACAAGCAGUGUUCCUGGAAUUCACUGAAUUAUGGCAUCGAUCUUGGGAAAAUCGCGGAGUGCACCUUCACGAAGAUGCGCUCCAACAGCGCUCUGCGGGUCCUGUUCAGCGGCUCCCUGCGGCUGAAGUGCAGAAGCGCAUGCUGUCAGCGCUGGUACUUCACGUUCAACGGAGCUGAAUGUUCCGGGCCUCUUCCCAUUGAAGCCAUAAUUUAUCUGGACCAAGGAAGCCCUGAACUAAAUUCAACAAUUAACAUCCAUCGCACUUCUUCUGUGGAAGGACUCUGCGAAGGAGUCGGGGCCGGAUUAGUGGACGUUGCCAUCUGGGUUGGCACGUGUUCAGAUUACCCCAAAGGAGACGCCUCCACAGGAUGGAAUUCCGUGUCUCGCAUCAUCAUCGAAGAACUGCCGAAAUAAAUUCUUUAAUGUCCACUCCCUACCUCUUUUUUACUACACCUUUGAAUAGUUCAUUUUAGUGACAUUUUAUAUAAUUUUUAGGUAUAUAUCUGAAUGAAAAACAAAGUGUUUACAGACCAAAGUGUGAUUUCACACAGUUUUUAAGUCCAGUAUUAUGCAUUUUCCUUCAAUCAAAGAUGGUUUUAGGAUUUUGUCGUUGAAUACAAUGCUUUCUUCCUAUUCUCAUUCUCAGAAUCUAUAGUUUAGAAUGUCGUGGCAGUCUUUAAUUUUUUCCUACUCUCUUAGUAUAGCACUUUUAAAAGUAUAAACGCUACUAGUCUUUGUACAAGUUGUAAAUGUUCAAAACUGUUUUAUA